AUGACGUUGCAUCUCCCGGACCCGGAAGGGAAUAUGAGCAAGCCAAAACAAGCCGUCACGGAGGCGACCGUACAGAAGCCCGUGGCCCGUGAGGGGCAUUGCAGUUACUACGUCAAAUCUCGCCGGUACUUUUGCAGGUUUCCGCUCAAACCGGGCACCCAAUAUUGUUGCACACAUCAACCAGACAAGGAGAGCCGCUGUCCGUGCCCCGUGGACGGACGUCACUCCAUAUAUAAAGAGGACGUCUGGAGACACAUUAAGAAAUGCCCCAUGCUGCGAGAAGCCUGCGGAGAAGCACUUCAACCGUUCUACUCGCGCAACAUCAAUCUACCAAAUCGCGGGAACACUUCGGCACCGCAUGCCCACCUGGCCGGAAUCUCACUGGAACAGAUUUCUCAGAUAGUUAAGGAGAUCAUCCCUCCCUGGCUGCAGACGGAGGACAUCAAUCUAAAGACAAAGGUUAGGGUACCGCCCUCGGCGGACGUAUCUCCAGAAGACAUUGACCGGGCCCUGAUCCAACUAGCUCCCAGCGUCCUUGCCAUGGCGAAGGAGAUCCAGUUCAACUGUAAGUUCCCUGGUGAGUCCCAAGGGGAUGAUGAAAGAGUGUGCUACGAAUCCAAAAGACUGCAUGACGGGGGCCUGUACGAGGGAGAAACGGUUGCCGCAUCUGACGAGUGGCUGGACGUGAAUGCCUGCUACCGCGAGGCCUGGGACGGAGGCGUGCUCGACAUGCUGUGCCGUCGAGUGUGCGGUCAGUAUGGUGUGGAGAAACUGAGAGCUGCCGACGUUUUUGCCGACCAGCAGAAGUUCAAACACGAGAUUCAGGCGCUGGAGAUGCUCACUCGGUUCAAGAACGUCGUGGGGGCCGAGGAAUUCGUGCGCUGUGUCCGGGAGGCGACCUGGAUAGAACUGGGGGCUGGUAAAGGAGGUUUGCUCCGGUCCGUAAUACAGAUGGACGACCUGCUCAGUUCUGUGCGGAAACCUCGGACCCCGGAGGCUGACCCGAAUGGGGAGUCUAGCCCGAAGGGGGAGUCUAGCCCGAAGGGGGAGUCUAGCCCGAAGGGGGAAUCCAGCCUUAAGGCAAAAACUUGCCGGGAAGGUGAGGCGGAGCGGAUAGAGCCGGAAGGGAAGAGGGCGCGAAAGGAAGGUGAGUCUUUCUUCGUUUUGGUGGAGCGAGAAAGGAGACAGUUGAACAAGGAGCGGAAGGACGCUCAGGGACAUGUGGACGGGACUCUUAGCAGACGCUGCGUUCGGUUGGCGUUAGACUUGGCUGAUUUCGACGCGGUCGAGUUCUUGCGGGGUUCUCAGAUGGCGGCGGUGGGGCAGUCGGUGGGGCAGUCGCCCCCUGAUAUGGGUUACUGGACGUGGCCGUGGCCGAUGCAGUUGUUGAGUGGUCUGGAGUGCUUGUCGGCGGAGGAAGAGCAGGGGUUACGUCGGAGCGGAGGUCGUGGUGCGGUGUUGCGGCCGUAUGCGAAUAUGAAGAACUCGCGACUGGAUGAGAUGCUGGCGACCUUGGCAACACGGCCCGUGACUAAUAGCGUUCUGUUCACGGCGAAGCACUUGUGUGGGCCGGCUACAGACUUGGCGUUGCUUACGGCGGCUCGAGUGCACUACCUGCUGCCUGGCCUCCGCAUCUACCUUAUCAUCGCGCCCUGCUGCUACCACAACAUUGCCAACUCCGGACUGGCCUUGGCUGGGUCGCCAGAGUCAGAGUCUGUCGAGUCACCAGGGUCGGUACCCGAGAAGUGGGUGGCGGCUCAGUGGCAGGUGGUGCAACGGAUGCCGAUGAGCAUCCAGCGGAACCUGCGGACCGUGCUGGGCUGGAGCACGGGCGCCACGGGCGACAAGCAGAGACUUGGACUGGCGCUGAAGGAUGCGGUGCUGCUGGAACGCAUGCGAUGGCUUCAGGGCCUCGGCGCGACAGUCUCAGUUCUUCGCUACUGUUCCCUGGGUGUGACCAAAGAGAACACGCUUUUGCUGGCCUCUUGGAAUGCCGUCUGA